UUGACGUCAAUAUCCGCGACGGAACGUGCGACAGACAUGCGACAAAACGCAGUUACCGAGGACUCACAAAUCUAAGUUCGAUAUUUCUAGUUUGAGUUAAUUUUAAAAAGUGUCAGAAAAAGUGAAAAGAUUGACGCUGAGCAAGUAGAGGGGCGGCUAACCUCGGGUGGUUGUUUACUAAUGUCUUGUCUUACAAUUUCUCGUCUGAGUGUGACAGGACUGAGAAAGGCUGCCAUGUAGACGCGGCAGAAGAAUGAGUGGUCAAUUCUUUCCCACAGAGGGCACAGAUGACCACACGGUCCAACAGGAAAAUGAAUUGGAGGCGCUCGCAUCCAUUUUCGAGAAAGACUUCCAGGAUCUGCGCCAAAACGAUCCGUGGAAGGUGAAAAGACCUCCUGAGGUGCACCUCUGUUUGCGCCCAAAAGGUCUGAACUAUGGCCAGGAAUGUUACGUAACAGUGGAACUUCAAGUCAAAUGCCCAUCCAACUACCCAGACGUGCCUCCAGAGCUGGAGCUGAUGAAUGCCAAAGGUCUGUCAAAUGAUAACCUGCAGAACCUUCAGAGCGAGCUCACCAAGCUGGCAGCGGCACGAUGCGGAGAAGUGAUGAUUUACGAGCUUGCAGACCACAUCCAGGGUUUCCUGUGCGAGCACAACAAACCUCCCCCACGCUCCUUCCACGAGGAGAUGCUGAAGAACCUUCGCAAACAACAGGAGAAACGGGACCUGGAGGAGCAGAAGAGGAGAGACCAGCGACGCAAGCAAGAGGAGGACAUGGAAAAAGAAAUAAUGGCUGAAAUCCAGAGACGAGAGGAGGAAAAACGAGAGGAAAAAAGAAGAAAGGAGAUUGCCAAACAGGAGCGACUUGAGUGUAUGGGGCUACCGAUCCCUGCUAGCAUGCUGGCAAAGAGCCCACCCAGUGAAUGUGGAACUCCUCCUGACAUCACCGACACCAAGAAAUGGAUCCCAAACCGCCGACGGAAUAACUCAACUACACGUCACAGACGUGAGACAAUCAAUGAAGACAGUCCACACACACAGGAACGUCUUCAUUUCAACAGCAGCACCUUUGGAGAACUCUAUGUCCACAAAGGGAGACAUUUAGGAGUGAGUGAGAGGCUCGGCCGCAACGUUUAUAAUGCCUUUGAGGUGAACUCAGGUGACUUUGCAGUCAUUUAUGAGUGGUCACUAUGCUGGAACAAGAAAAUGGGCAAGUUCUUCACCAGUCUGGAGAAAGAAAAGAUUGAGAACUGCAAAAAGCAGAUCCAUGCGGCAGAAAACGAAUUCAACUCCCUCCUGCGUCUUGAGCACCCAAACCUGGUGCACUACAGGGCGCUGAACUCCAGCGAGAAGGAAGAUUGCCUCUUGGUGGACAUUCUGGUUGAGCAUGUGGCCGGCAGCAACUUGAACCAAAGCCUCCUCGAUCACUCCCCCGUCCCUCUGGACAAACUCUGCCAUUAUACGGCCCAGCUGCUGGCAGCUCUCGACUACCUACACUCAAACUCGGUGGUCCACAAACAAUUGGGGGCCUCCAGUGUGCUGUUGGACUCCGAGGGCAACGUUCGAUUGACUGAUUACAGCUUAUCCAAGAAAUUCUCCGAUAUCUGCAAAGAGGAUAUUUUUGAGCAGGCGCACGUGCGUUUCUCUGAGGGCACCGUGAUGCCCACCAAGACGGGCAAAAAGGGGGACGUGUGGAACUUGGGGCUGAUGCUGCUGGCUCUAAGUCAAGGCAAAGAGGUGAAAGAGUAUCCUGUAACCGUGCCCUCCACCCUGCCUGCUGACUUCAAGGACUUCCUCCAUAAGUGCGUCUGUCCGAAUGAUUUCGAUCGAUGGACUACCCAGCAACUCUUGGAUCACAACUUCCUUAAGUCUCCAUCACCUAAAAACCAGCCUCAGUUCCAGGACAGCAGCCCCGAAGAUCUCGCUGUGGACUUUGCAUCAUCCGUAAUCCUGCGUAGCCACAUCCUCAAUGCUCCAUUCAUUCCUGGAAUUCAGAGGCAGUUUUCUCGCUACUUUAAUGAGUUUAAGGAACUCCAACUUUUGGGCAAAGGGGCCUUUGGUGCCGUGAUUAAGGUUCAGAACAAUCUUGAUGGUUGCUACUAUGCUGUGAAGCGCAUCCAGGUCAACCCUGCCAGCAAGCAAUUCCGACGCAUUAAAGGCGAAGUGACUUUACUGUCGCGUCUCAACCAUGAGAACAUUGUGCGUUACUACAACGCGUGGAUCGAGAAGAGCGAAAUGCCCGUCGGAGGGAUGCCGAGCAACACCGAUAGCUCGGAGCCUCCGAGCACUCCCGAAAAGCCAUCCCCGGUCCGGAAACCUCUGCCCCGGCUCAACGAGCUUGGCCUUGCUGACAACGUGGAGGACAUUGCGCCACCUCCAGCCCUGUCUAGCUCGGUGGAAUGGUCCACGUCUAUUGAAAGGCCCUCCGGUGUUAAAUGUGGUCGACACCAGUCAAGCGAUGAUGAUGACGAUGAUGAGGAGGAAGAUGUGUUUGGCGCUUCUUUUUUACCAUCAGAUGACUCAAUCAGCGGUGUCAUCUUUGACAAUGGAGACGAUAGCACAGAUGAGAUGUCACAGGGUGAGCCAAGCAAAGGCCUGGCAAGAGAAACAACGGAGAGUACGGACUCUGAUCGACCUUUUGUCACGGUGCAUUACUUGUACAUACAAAUGGAAUACUGUGAAAAAAGCACUUUGCGUGACACAAUUGACCAAGGUCUUCAUCAGGACCAGAACCGGCUCUGGAGGCUCUUCAGGGAAAUCCUCGACGGUCUUUCUUACAUUCAUGAACAGGGGAUGAUUCACAGAGACUUGAAGCCUGUUAACAUCUUCCUUGACUUUGAAGAUCAUGUGAAGAUUGGGGAUUUUGGCCUGGCUACGGACCAUCCAGCCACUGUGGCUGCAGGUAAAUUUGAAGUGGAAGAGAGCGGCUCUGCAGCACUGCAAAAACUGGACCCAACAGGAAACCUGACUGGCAUGGUUGGUACAGCUCUCUAUGUUAGCCCCGAAGUUCAAGGAAACACCAAAGCCACCUACAAUCAAAAAGUUGAUUUGUUCAGCCUCGGCAUCAUACUCUUCGAGAUGUCUUACCGACCGAUGAUCACUGGGGCCGAGCGCAUUUCAGUCUUGAGCCAGCUCCGUGUGGAGGCCAUUCAUUUCCCUGACGACUACAGUAAAUAUGAGCAAGGAACGCAGAGAAAAGUGAUCGAGUGGCUCCUGAAGCAUGACCCUGCGCUGCGGCCUACUGCGCAGGAGCUGCUCAAAAGUGAACUUCUGCCUCCGCCCCAGAUGGAGGAGUCCGAGCUACAUGAAGUCUUACAGCACACUAUGGCCAAUAUCAAUUGCAAAGCUUACCGCAGCAUGGUGGCCCAGUUGUUUGCUCAGAUUAAUUCACCAGUCAUGGAUUUCACCUACGAUAUAGACCUUCACAAGGGCAGCUUCAGCUUCAGCAGCGCCAAAUUGCAGCAGUAUGUGUACGAGACGAUCACCAGGAUUUUCAAGAAGCACAGUGCAGUACGCCUGCAGACGCCGCUGCUGCUUCCCAGACACAGGAAGCUCUGUGAAGGCAGCGAGCCGGCCUGCUUCAUGGACCACAGUGGUAUGCUGGUGACGCUGCCCUACAACCUUCGUAUGGCGUUUGCAAGAUAUGUUGCCCGAAACAACAUAACACAUCUAAAAAGGUACAGCAUUGAUCGCGUGUUUCGACCCAGGAAGCUGGAUCGCGCUCACCCAAGGGAGCUUCUGGAGUGCGCCUUUGACAUCAUCACACCCGUCACCAACAGCCUGCUCCCAGAUGCCGAGACCAUUUACACCAUCUCCGAAAUAGUCCAGGAAUUCCCUGCACUUCAGGAGAGGAAUUACAACAUUUAUUUGAACCAUACAAGUUUGCUGAAGGCCAUCCUGCUUCACAGUGGAAUCCCUGAGGACAAACUAAACCAGGCCUCCAACAUACUAUGUGAAGCCAUGAGUGAAAAGCUGACCAAACGUGAGGUAGAGGCAAAGUUCUGCAACUUUUCACUGUCAACAAACAGUUUGCAGGUGUUGUACAAGUAUAUUGAACAGAAGGGGACCCUCAAAGAAGUGGCACCAUUACUGAUUUCACUUACCAAGCAGAAGACGGCUGUCAUGCAAAUGGCCAAGCAGGGACUCAAAGAUCUGGAGGAGGUUACGGUGCUACUUCAAAGACUUGGAGUGAAACUGCCAGUGGUAGUCAAUUUAGGUUUAGUGUACAAGGUGCAGCACCACUCUGGAAUCAUCUUCCAGUUUGUGGCCUUCAUCAGGAAGCGCAAGCGGAUAGUGCCAGACAUACUGGCUGCUGGAGGACGCUACGACCACCUGAUCCUGGAAUUUCGUGGGCCUGCCUCCACAGUGCCAGUGCCUUCAGCAGUUGGUGCCAGCGUGGCGUUGGACAAAGUGUGUGCCGUGGUGGCCAGCAUGGAGGAGCCACCAUCAGUGAGUUCUUGUGAUGUCCUCGUGGUCCCUGUGGGACAUUCCUGCAUGUCCAGGGCCAUCAGUGUUGUCCAGAAGCUGUGGAGCAACGGUGUUUCUGCAGACAUUGCCUACGAUGUUUCACAGUCUCAGGAGACCUUGAUGGACCAUUGCCGGGUGGCUGGGAUCACAUGCAUGGCUAUGGUAUCUGACAAAGAGGGUAACUACGUGAAGGUCAAAUCCUUAGAGAAGGAUAGACAGUCAGAGAAAAGAGUUCCUGAGUUGGACGUGGUGGAGCACAUCAUUCAGAAAUUUCGGACCAAAUUCUUAGAGGAAAGAUACAUCAGGGAAAUAUCUGAAAGCAUAGGCCAAAACGCUAAAGGCUCCCAGAUCAACACCACAGGAUCUUCUGAGCAGCAUGGGAGCAGUUGCAGCAUGAACAUUAAUGUGAAUGUCAUCAGUUUGGAGAAAGUGUCUGCCAGCGCAAGACGUCGCUUUGAGACUCAGAUCCACACCAGAUUGCAGACUCUUACAAACAGUUUGCAAAACAAGAGCAGUGACAUUGAGGUUCUGGCAGUGGACCUUCAGAAGGAAACUCUGAUCAACUUCCUGUCUCUGGAGUUUGAGAAUGAAGAGCAGUACCACAGCAGCGUGAAGACUCUUCUGUCACGUCUCCCUAAGCAGCGCUACCUGAAGGCCAUCUGCGAUGAGAUUCACACUUUUAAAAUGACCAAGAGGGUGGCCGUGGUGGUCUUGUACAGCUUGAAGGAUGACUACUACAAGACCCUCCUGUGAAACCCAUUGUGUUCCACGACCUGGGCCACUUCCUGCCGCCGGCCCGGGAAAUAACACCUUCAGACUUGAAUGUGUGCUUGGAUAUAAGGACAGGCACUGGCCCUCAAAGACAUUUUUUUUCUACCUUCAUUAUACCUCAGCUUUGUUGAUGAAACUGUUGUGUCAUGGUACGAGCUUUGUGGACUUAAACAUUGCCUUAAUUGCAUUAUUGGGCUUUUUAUUUUCACCUACAGUAUUUUUCUUGUAAUAAAGUGCAGGACUGAAAGUAGGAAUAAACCCUUUCCGAGCA